AUGUCAGUUAGACCAGCAACCCAUGCUGGCUCAUGGUACUCAGCCAACAACGCCUCCCUAGCGUCUCAAAUGGAAAGGUUCAUUUCCAAGGCUCAAAAUAAUCUAAAAAAAUCUCAUGGUGGUCCCCAUGUGCCAGGAGCUCGAGUACUAAUUGGCCCCCAUGCUGGGUACACGUACUCUGGCACUCAACUUGCGGAAACUUAUGAAGCGUGGGACACCACUGGGGUCAAACGUGUGUUUAUUUUGGGUCCUUCGCAUCAUGUCUACUUUUCCUCCACCGCAAAAGUGUCUAAAUUUGACUCAUAUCAAACUCCAUUUGGAAACUUGGAUGUGGACACAAAAGUAUGCUCAGAGUUGGUGGACAAAGGAGCAUUCUCGUAUAUGACAGAAGAAGAAGACGAAAACGAACAUUCGUUUGAAAUGCAUGCACCUUUCAUCCGUUAUAAGACUAAGGAUCUACCCCAUGGGAGCCCCAAAAUCGUUCCAAUAAUGAUCAGUGCUAUGAAUGAACGUCUUUACAACAAGAUAGUGAAGGCUUUAGAACCUUAUUUUGCCGAUAAGUCAAAUACUUUUGCCGUGAGUUCGGACUUUUGUCAUUGGGGAGCUCGCUUUGGCUACACCAAGUAUCUUCAAAAGAUACCUGAUUCCGAAGGAAUAACCUCACAAAGUUUGGUUUCUCUUAAAUCUUCGAGCCAGCUCGUCCAGAGCAUUCCCAUUCACCGCUCGAUAGAAAUAUUAGACAAAGAAGCCAUGAAGAUUGCUUCAAAGGGUACUCAUACCGAUUGGAAUCGCUAUAUCGACGAAACACAAAACACCAUUUGUGGUCAAAAACCAAUCUCUGUGGUUUUGCGGCUUCUUGACAAUUCAGGUGCACAUCCUGGAUUUUCCUGGAUCGGUUACUCUCAAAGUGGUGAGGUGACAAGCCCCACUGAGAGCAGCGUCAGUUACGCUUCGGGAUACGUAGCGCUCCCAAUUACGACUCAAUGA